UUCGUGACAAGGCUGCCGCCGUCGGCUAUGAGGGAAGUCCGCUGAAGAAACGAAAAGUGGCGGACGACAAGAGCACGUCAGGCAAAGACGGUGGUCAGACAAGUUUACCUACACCGGCACGAUCCUCCCAAAUUCGCUCUUCCAAAACUCAACCAAAACCAAGUGGGGUGCUCCCUGCGGUUCAGGAAGUCGGAAGCGAGGCAGCUAGUCACAGCGACAGCGAGAGUGACAGUGAGAGCUUGCCUUUUAACCUCAUGCAGCGGAAAACGAGGUCCAACACUUUCAUCGAAAGUAGUGGAAGAAAGACAAAGGAAAGUCGCAAGCUCACCCAGUCCGGAAAGAAUAAAGCCAUCGUGAGGGACGAAAGUGAGUGUUCGUCGGAAGAAGAUAUGCCGAAGACUCAGCGCCGUUCCAAGCGUGCAAAGGCUACAGACCAUGCAAACAGUACAAAGAAGAAAUUCUCGAAAAAGACCAAAGCAUCACCAUCGCCGCCACCCAGCCGACGUGCAACGCGAUCAUCCCAGAAUUCCAAAAAGGACCAGAAGAAAUAUUUCGUCAUCACAAGUGAUGAAGAAGAAGGUUCUGAUUCCGACGGCCUCGAAAUCGUAGACGCACCUCUGAAGGCUGGUCAGUCUAGAGAUUCAAACUUUGGUGAGGCAGAAUCAAGCUCAGACGAGGUUCUUGCCUCGUCACCUAAUUCAGUAAAGAAGCUCAGAGGAACCAAAAAUGCGCCAGCAAUCUUAAGUGAAGAGGAGGAUAGCGACGACGUUGGUCCCGUCACUCCUAGGCGAAAGAGAAAGCGAGCUUCUUCGACCCCAGAAGAGGAUAGCGAUGAAGAGAUGGUGGUAACUCAAAGCAGACGGCGGCGGGCUCCAGACAAGAAAAAGCAGCAACAAGAACAGGAGGACCUGGAAGAAGACCUGGAAUUUCUAGGUAGGACGCCAAAGAAAUUACGUCGCAAGAGUCCGCCACGGCAAAUGAAUGCCCGAGAAAGGGCUCUGGAAGCUUUGAGACGUCGCCGCGCAGGUGAGAAGGAUGCGGAACCCAACUUGGAAGAGCAGCCGGAAGGGACGCAGAGACGAGCGCUUUAUGACACUGAAUCGGAAUCGGAGCUAGAGUCAGGUGCCGAGGACGACGAGGUAGAAGAAGACGAAGACGACCUCGAAGGCCCUGCCGAUGAACCACAUUCAACCGUCCAUCAAGCCUCCACUAUGGCUAUGUUUCAAGAGGACGCUGAGGACGAGAGCUUCGUUGUGGAAGACGGGGAUGACACCUUGGGCGUGCCUGAUGAGGAUGUCCAGAUCCCACUUGAGUUCACCAGCAUGAGCCGGAUGAAGGGCAAAGAUCUCUUCAAAUAUGCGGUUGAGUGGAUGGUCCACAAGAAACUAAACCCCGCGUUUCCAAGCGAUGAUGAAAUCUACGCCUUAACAUUCCGCAAACUGGACGACGAGGUUAAGGGACUUGCAGGAUCCAAGUUCACGUCCUCUGUAUGGACUCCAGAGUUCACUCGGGCGCUCCAUGCAAGGCCCCUAAUCGAGAUUUCAGAGAUCUCACGUGCAGGAGCAGACUUUAUAGGUGACCAUUGCAUGGCUUGCAACCGACGCGGACAUCCAGCCACGUUCAACAUUUACUUCCGCGGCCAUCCGUACCAUCGCUCCACGCUCGAAGACGUGGCCGACGACUAUGACUCCGACGAAGACGAAGACGACGACUCCGACGAUGACAAGAAGUCUUACGACAGUCGCGGCAACUCCGUUCCACCCCAAGACGCCGUCUUCCAUGUCGGCGUGUUCUGCAAGAUGAAUGCCCAGACCGCGCACGCUCUCGCGCAUUGGCGAUACCACCUUAACGACUGGGUGGUAGACUGGCUGGCUGCGGAGGGCCAUCUGGACCCUGACAAGAUCGUGGAGCGUGACGGCUGGAAAGACAAAAAGAAGCGGAAAUACGCGAACAAGGUCGUCGACGAGAUGGCGACGAAGGGCGAAAUCAAGCGUCUUCAUCAGGACUUUAGGUCAGAGAUUGAUACUGCUAGAAACGCCAAGCAAGCGGGCUGGGAUAGGUUUAGCCGUGAUUAG